UUCUGAAAUUAUAUUUCGAUUGUCUUACAUGACAUUACAAAUACUCAUUUAAUCCAAAUUAUACUGUCAUUAAGUUAAAUUUAAUAAACAUUAUACUACUAUUGCGCUGGCGCUAUGACCCCGAAGUGGAUCUUGGCCUCCGACAAUAAACUUUGCUAUUCAUCUCAGCGCUGCGCAGUACCUUGCCAGUCCGACAAUUGGACCUCAGGUAAUUUUCCUUCCACAGCGUCAGACCAGCGGUACUUGAAAAAAUAUGACCAUUCGCAAACAUAAUAUAUCCCAUGCUCGUUAACGGUGCUAACUAUUCAGUCAUUUUUUACUGCUUUAUAUAGCAUCUUGAGACUGCACUGUAUUGUUGAUAGUUAUGGGCACCGGUAACCACUUAACACCAGGUGGGCAGUGGGUUCACCUGGCUAUACAAUAAAUGAUACAAUAUGCAAUAUAUAUACGAUAUACAACUUUGCAGAAAAACUUUGUAAGGUCUAAAAAUUCUUCUAUAAUAUGAAAAUAGCUUUUGACUAUUAAUUUAGUUUCUUAAUUUAGAAGAAGGAUAUCAAUUUUGGACUGUAUUUCGAUUUAUCAACCAGUGAACUUUUUGGCGGGAACAAGAAGGGUUUUACUUGUAUCGCUUUAUUUUCUCAAUCCAGUGUGUAUUUCAGCUAAGCGCUAAUUAAUUUUGUAACUAUGACGAUGCGCAUAUAUGGGAAAAUGAUACUAAAUCGCUGGACGUAGCUUCUCGGGUUCUUUCAGAAAUUUAAAGAACUGUUUAAUUUCCAAUAUGUUAAAUUUGAAUGAUAUUAAAUCACCUACAAAACUACAUACAGGUACUACUACAUAUAGGCACUUCAUUAUAUUUUCGUAGUUGCAAACUGUUUCAAGUCGAUUCACAAAAGAUCUAUGGAUUUUACCAUUGCCAACCAACUUCACUAACAUCAAUUGGCAUAGAUAACCAUGGGUGCCAACCAAUUCAAAUGAAACAGUACCACUCCAAAAUUGAAUGAUUGAAAAUCUGACAAUUCGCUCUAAACGAAUAAUUUAUAGAAACACUUUGAAAAGUUGUAUAUUUACUAAUAAAAAAUAUACAAUAAAUUAAUAACGCAAAAAUAGAAUUAUAGCAUAUUUAUCCAUGUAAUACUAAUAUAAAAGUUUCUAACCUGACCAUUCAUGUAUGUCCGCAACUAUUUAACCGAGCAGGAAUUGGAUAUAAUCCAAAAUGGUUGCCAUUUGUUGUGCUUUCAAGUGAUUUUUGACUUAGUGUGUUAGUAAGUGAUGUUACAAAUAUGUGUUAUUAAGUUGUAUACGAAUAGCUCAAUUACUUACUCUCAAAAUAAUAAAUUACGUAUUGGUGUAAAAGUUUUCAAGUUUUUAUUGGUGUAAUUGCUGCAUACAAAGAAAUAUUACAGACAGACAUCCUUGUGUUAAAAAAUAUGAAAUAUUCUUAUUGAAGUUAGAGUCGUCGAUGUUUAGUGAAAGGACAUGUUUCUUUAUGUCAUGAAUCCUUCGAAGACUAGUGGAUUCUGAUCACUGCAACAAAUUAUAAACUUUGACACGAAAUAAGCGCGGGAUUCGUGUAGCUUGAUAAAUGCUGUAUAACAAUAUAAUUUUUCGAAAACAUGGAUGAUAAUAAUAGUGCACAAAAAAAAUCAGAUGAAGACAUCACGACGGGCCAUGGGGAUGAAACGGAAGAGGCCAAGUUUGCUAACCAAAGCCCUAAUAGCCUUGAACAAUCUAGUGAAAAAACCGAAAGUGAAGUUAGUGCAGUGAAAGACAUUGAGUUACAAAAUCAUGUUGACCACAGAGAAAGUACUGAGGAGAAUGUUAUUAAAAAUGUUAGGAGUGAUACAGAAAUGACUAAAGAUGAAGUUGGACUUUCAGAGGUUGAUAGCCAAGAUGAGUAUAAAAGUGAGAAAGGAGACACAGGAGAUGAUACACUCAAAGAGGAAUCUUUGAGUCAGGAUUCAUUAAGUCUGGAAUCUAAAAACCACCAUAACCAAAAGCCUGAGUUCCACAAGGACGAUGACACUGAACCAGAUAACAAGGACAAAGAAAGUGAUAAGGAUGAUGAUAAAAAUAAGGAAGAUGAAAUUUCACCAGAGUUUGAGAAAGCUCCUAAUGUUUCUAUGGAUGAACCACAGGAAGAAGACCACACACAGGCAUUGGAUCCAUUUGAUGCUCUUCUCAAAGAUACAUCUUCAUUACCUGAGAAAUCAAAGACUGCCAGUUUAGAUGCAUCUAUUAACAUUGAUGAUGAGGAUGAUGAUAUCAAUGCUGAUGACAUUGAUGGGGACUUAGGAAAGGAAGCUGAAGAUGAUCAUGCAGGGCAAUCAAUUGAUGACAGCAGUGUGUCAGGAAUAGCUGAAGAGCCUGGUGCUGAUGAAGAGGUCUGCUUAUUACCAGACACCGAGCGGGAAAUCUCAGAAGCAGACAAAGCUGAAGCCGAAAAAGUAUUGGCAGAAAAGAGGAAACAGGCUGAAGCUGAAGCUGCAUCACUAGCAGUACCCAAACAGGAGCAUGAACCUAAUGCUGAAGCGAAUUCUGAUGAAACACCUGCUGAUAAUGCGGAUCAAAUUGAAGCAGCUGAAGAUCCUGCACAGGAGAAUGGAGAUAAAGACAAUGAACAUGAUGAAAGUAUAGAUACAGAGGAAUCCACAGUUACUAAUAUUAUUCAGGAGAGUGCUCCCACUGAAGGGAAAUGUGUUCAAUGCACUACAGUAAAGCCAUGCUACUUCCGAUUUACAAAAAAAGGAGAUACUAUGUUGCUGUGCAGUGAAAUGUGUGAAUCAAGAUAUGAAACUCAAAAUCCAGGACAAUAUAAGAUAACCCAAAAAAAAUAUUUAAUUGAAGAAAUCGUUCCUAACUAUUUAUCAUGUUCAGAGUGUGAGGAAAUGAAAGUUUGUUAUUUCUAUUACAAUUACGACGGCGAAGACACGAAUUAUUGUUCUCUAAGUUGUUUAUACAGUAUGAUGGCCGAUGAGAGAGAAAAGUAUACAUAUAAACGAAGAAAAAUAGUCGCACAAGAGGUUGAACCAGUUGAAGGUCAAUGCUGUGUUUGUAAUCAGAUGAAAAACUGUAAAUUCACGAUAACUAAGUAUGGGGAAAAACUUUUAAUUUGCGAAGCAAAUUGUAUUCACACUCUGAAUUCAGAAGAACAAGGCAGGUAUAUUCUUAAAAUGCUUAGGCCUGUUAGAAAGCAACCAACAAGAAAAAAAGCAAACCCACCUCUGUUAAAAUUGAAGGUUAUCAGCAAUGCCACAGACAAGUACUUAGAUGAAGCAUAUAAAAUUCAAGCAAAAACACCUGCCAUGGUUCAAGCCGCUAGGGAAGAAAGGGAUAGAACAUUUUUACGUAAAUGUACCUAUUGUUAUAUGUUACUUGAUGUAAAUGAGAAAAUGUUGGUUUGGGAGACAAUGGACUUUUGUGGUGAAGUGUGUUUAGGACGAUAUCAGAAUAAAAUUGGAUCUAGAUGUGCAAACUGUAAGAAUCCAGUGCUGCAUACAAGCUUGGGAAAAUAUUGUGUCAGAUUUGGUUAUGACAUCCGACAGUUUUGUAAUUCGGCAUGUUUAGAAGAGUUUAAGAAAGGAUUGAAGAUAUGUUGUUAUUGUCAAAGAGAUAUCUCCUCUGGUCACCAAGGUUUUUUGGCUCCUGUUGGUGAUAAAGGCCAAUUCAAAGACUUCUGUUCUCAAAACUGCAUGGGAAAGUUUGAUCAGAUGAGUAAGAAUCCAAUACCGCAGGCGGUGUGGGCGAAGUGCGCGGUGUGUUCUUUAGAGAAGGCCACAACGAUUGAGGUUGAAGUUUCCGAAGAAGUAACACAGAGAUUAUGUUCAGAUCCAUGUUUUGCUGCAUUUAAAUUUGUAAAUAAUAUAUUUCCAGAUCAGUGUCGAUGGUGUAAAAAGUACUUUGAAAGAAAAUUGACAAAAUGUUUUUCGAUAUAUGACGACACAGAGGCGAUAUGUUUUUGUUCAAAGUCCUGUCUAAACGUGUAUAUAAGUAACACUCGACACAUAGUUCCCUGCAGUUGGUGUAAAGUGAAAAAAUACAACUUUGAUAUGAUAAAGCGGAUACCGGCAAGCGGACAAGCAGUGUUGAUGUGUUCUCUUAAUUGUUUGAAUCUCUACCAAGUUUCCAUAAAUGCUGUAUCAUCGAGAAGGACCAAAUGUGACCUGUGUAAAAGAACGUCAUUAGCUCAAUACCAUUUGACAAUGUCUGAUGCGACAGUUCGAAACUUUUGCACGUAUCAAUGCGUCAUGUCAUUUCAGGGUCAGUACUCAAAGCACACACCUCCACUACUCCCCGGCGAGUCAAUUGAUCAACAGAAAGCGGUCCCGACAGGCGCACCGAGGCGAAAUUACAAUGCUUCUGGAAAAAAUAAUACACAACGAACAGCCAGUGAAGGUUUACCAGUAAUCUCAAACGUGCAAUCUCUGGCCAGUCCGAGUCCCUCUGUGGCCAUCACCCGCGGCAAGUCCAAGCGGCUCGCCCAGCCCCCGCCCGCAGCCGCGCCCCCCGCCGCGCCCCCCACCCCGCCGCCGCCUCCUGCGCCACCCACACCGCCGCCCCCGCCCCCGCCCAAGGUCUACAACCACGUCAUCGUCAAAACGCUACCUCCUCGAGAGGUGGCCAACAAAGGGACCAUGUCGAAGCCGAUGAUGGUUUCCAAAGGUGUCUCAUGUCGACCCCAUCCCUGUACGAAAGAGUGCCAGACAGAUUCGAGCUUGGAACGAAAAGUUUUGAUCCCUGUCCCGGUUCCGAUAUAUGUGCCGGUGCCGUGCGUCAUGUGGUCUCUGCCCUUCCCUGUCCCCGUACCCAUUCCCAUUCCGGUACCCACUCCGGUCUUCAUUCCGACGACGAGGAAUUCCGCUAAAGGAAUAAUGAAGGAAAUAAACAAGAUACACGACAAGAUGCCCACAGAUCCAUUUGAAGCGGAGUUGUUGAUGAUGGCUGAAAUGGUAGCCGGGGAUAAGAAGAAAGAUCAAAGUGAUUCAGAUACUGAUGACGAUAAUGCGGAAGAAGGAUUCAGCCCCGUAGCAGGCAUGGACGGUAAUAACGCUUUCGGAGAGGACAUGCUGCAGAUGGCUUUAAAAAUGGCCACGGAAUACGAAGAUCAACCGGUAGACUUAGAAUCUGCAAUGACAGCUAACACGAUCACUCCGAGCUCACAUCCCGGAAUGCCUGGUCUAGAGGGUGACGGCAUGCACCACCACCACCUGAUGGUGAUGGAGCAGCAGCGCGCGGUGGCGGCGCUGCGCGCGGCGGGGGGCGCGGCCCGCAAGCGAGUGCCCGCGCCCGCCGCGCCCCCCGCCGCGCGCCCGCAGCGCUCCGGCAAGAGGCGCCGCGCCGACCCGCCGCCCCCGCAGCCCGACCCGCCCAGGGAACCCGCAGAGAAACCUGACGCCAACAUGUGCCUCAAGUACACGUUCGGCGUGAAUGCGUGGAAACAAUGGGUGAUGACGAAAAAUGCCGAAAUCGAGAAAAGUUCGAUACGACGGAAACCUUUUAAAUCGGAGAUACUGCAGCUGACUGCAGAUGAACUCAACUACUCCUUAUGUCUGUUCGUGAAAGAAGUCAGGAAACCGAACGGCAGCGAGUACGCUCCCGACACUAUUUAUUAUUUGGUUUUAGGUAUACAGCAAUAUUUGUUUGAAAAUGGUAGAAUAGACAAUAUAUUUACGGAUCCGUACUACGAAAAAUUUACGGAUUGCUUAGACGAAGUCGCUAGGAAAUUUUCAGUAUUGUACAACGAUUCACAAUACAUAGUCACACGUGUAGAAGAAGAACACCUAUGGGAAAGUAAACAGUUGGGAGCACAUUCGCCACAUGUACUGCUAUCCACAUUGAUGUUUUUUAAUACGAAACAUUUUAAUUUAGUGACCGUAGAGGAGCACAUGCAGCUGUCGUUCUCUCAUAUAAUGAAACAUUGGAAAAGAAAUCCUAACCAACCUGGCCAAGCAAAGAUACCGGGCUCAAGAAACGUCUUAUUGCGUUUCUAUCCUCCACAAUCAGCAUUAGAAGCAAAUUCAAGAAAAAAGAAAGUAUAUGAGCAACAAGAAAAUGAAGAAAAUCCACUUAGAUGUCCUGUAAAACUAUACGAAUUUUACAUUUCGAAAUGCCCAGAGUCGGUGCGCACGCGGAAUGACGUAUUCUACCUGCAACCUGAGAGGUCCUGCGUUCCUGACUCGCCAGUUUGGUAUUCCACGCAGCCGCUCGGAAAGAACGCCCUCGCUAAAAUGCUGCAUAGAGUGAAGAUGGUCAAAGAAAUCAAUAUCGCUCUUCUAACUAGCUAAGACCAUAUCCGACAAUACAAUUCUUGGCGUACCAUAGUGCUCCGAUACGAUCUCGGCGACAUCUCUGCAUUUGGUUCAGUGGUCGUAUCUCUCUCUGGAACCCUGUGUUGUGACAAAAUCGGGACUUUGUACAUUUUUACAUUUUUUAUAUCAAUCCAACAAUGACUAGCAAAAAAUACGGUAUUAAGUUAUGUUUUUAUAAUGUUGGAAUGUUUUAGAUGUAAGAUAUACUGCGCGGGACUGUUUUAAUAUGUACAGUUUGAAUAGAAUAAAAUAAUAUCACAUUUAGUUUUGUUUAAGUAAUUUUAGUUUCGUGUAAGAUUAUUGUUUGUCUUCACAUUAGGAUUCUGUUAGUUGUCUGUCAAUUUAGGUUCCUUUAAAACUGUAUAUACGCAUAGCGGUUUCAUGAAUCAUGUGAUUUAAAAGGGAGUGUUUUUUUUUACAAUGUUUUUCUUUAUCCUUCAGUGCCAGACGAAUGAAUUGUACUAAAAUUAAUAUUACGAAAUUGUAAUGUCGGUAUAUACUAAUAUAUAUGAAUAGUUUAUAAGCUAAAAAUUCCAUAUUUUUGUGUUUAGGAAAUUACUUUUAUUUUAUUUUAGCGUUCAUUCUAUUACGGGAAUAAUUAAUUAUCUUAAAGUUCUCGCAAAUAGGAAUCUUAUUAAACUAAUAUUAUAGUUUAGAGAAAGAGUCAGAUUCGUAUUAUAUUUUUAAGUAAAAAUGCGUCAGCUAUUAUUUAGGUUAACUGCUGUGUAAAAAGAGUAUUGAUUCUAUAUAUAAA